CUGCAACUAGAUGGCGAUGGGGUAGAAGUGUGAUUCCUUGCGCGACUAGCCGCAUCCCUAACGAAUUUGGAACAGUUGACGCGCGUACUUUGUCACGUUCGUGUCGUUUCUUGUGAUUCUAUUGUUAAACUUUUAUUUUUCAUCAUAAUUUUUAACUUAAUUGUGUGGUUAAUCAAAAGAUCUUCCGAUUUUUUCAUAGCAUGUGAUUCAAGUUACAUUUCAUAUUGAAUGGAUGAAAUCGGAUCAAAAUUUGGAACGUUACAUCGAAAUUUGAAUCUCCUGGAAUUUUCAUUCGCGUGGAAUUUUCACCAUUGAAAUCCAGGUUACUGUUCACAAAGGGUAUAAUCGUGCUACUAUGCAAACUAAUAUCUAAUGCUAUAAUUGGACAAGAUUGUGGAGAUGGUGUUAACAAAGACAACGUUAUAUUACGGACGGAGAAUAGCUUGGAUAUAGUUGGCUAAUUACCAUGGAAUCUAGGACUUUGAUCAGCUCAGAUUCUAUUCACUUUCUUUCGGGCAUUUUGAAACGGAAUGGACGAUCAUGGUACGAACAAGAAUCCUGUCAGCAGAACACGACGUUUCCGAAUCAGACUCUAUUCAUGAACGAACACGAGGCAAGAGAUGAACAUCAUAAAUGAAGCAACUAUAUUAUAAUUCAGCCCAAGGCACAAUUUUUAUUUCCAAUUUGAAAUUUAAAUAUCAUAAAAUUUAUCUUAGAACAAGCUUCUACUCUUCUCCAUUAUAACAAAAAAUUUUUGAAAUUUCUCAAGUUUUAAAAAUAGAUGGAAGAAUGAAUAUAUUUCUCUAAUUGAAAAAUAAAAUUAAAAAUAGAAAAAUAUACUAAUUGAAAUCUUUACAAGGAGACUUCGAAAUUCAUUUAAAAAUGAUCAAUAUAAGGGAGUAACGAAUAACAGUGACAAUAAAAUUAUUCUGGCUUCUGAUAAAGCGAACACAAAGAGAUAAUUCGAAGCAGCCCAUCAGCACAGAAAUUUCUUUCUUCUUUGUUCGCGUCUCUCUGUUUAAAGAGAUAAAGUAUUCAACCGGUCAGAAUUCAGCUCGUAGAGAUAGAGGAAACAGAAACAGGUUUGGUUGCGGGGAAAUCCCGGAAUUGAAAUUCGAUUACGUCACCUUGCAAGGAGAAGAAAUUGGUGGAGUGAAGAAAUGAAAGAAGAGGAGAAAAAUGGGAUACGCGUUGUUUACGUGUGAUUUAUCGAGCUUGUGACAAGUGAAAAGGAUGUAGAGGCAAAAGGAAGUAAAAAUGGAUAAUUAAAAGAAAUAUGGAUGUCACUAAUGCAAUUAAAAAUAAUACGCCGGAUUUCUGCAGCGCGAGAUAUAAGAAUUUAAUGCCUCUGGAAGGUGAGUUGUGGUGCGAGCCGGUCUGGGACUCGUUACUCUGUUGGCCGCCGACCAAAGCUUCCACUACAGCCAAACAAAGAUGCCCAUACGAAGAUGGAUUCGAUACAACCAAAUCUGUGGAGAAGAAAUGUGGAUAUAAUGGCCGUUGGGAGGGUCAGAACGGAACAAACAACGAUUCUCCUCAUGGAUGGGCAAACUACACAACUUGUAUGACACCGGAAAUGCUUCGAUUACAUGGAAAAGUUUACACUAACGCCAUUGAGGGUAAUAUGAAGCUGGACAUUGCUGAGAAAACUCGUACCUUAGAGUUCGUGGGUUUAAGCAUCUCUUUAGUAGCACUAUUUGCUUCACUUGCCAUAUUCUGUCGUUUUAGGUCCCUGAGAAACACCAGAACUAGGAUACAUAAGAACUUAUUCGUCGCCAUGGUCGUCCAGGUUUUGAUUAGAUUAACGAUCUACAUAGAUAUCGAAAUCUUGAGGAAGAAAACUUAUGGGAUUCAACGAGGCAUAGGAAACACCCCUGUACUUUGUGAAGCCAGUUACGCACUUUUGGAAUAUGCCAAAACUGCAAUGUUCAUGUGGAUGUUUAUAGAGGGACUGUUCCUUCACAACAUGGUCACUGUAACAGUGUUUCAAGAAAACUCUUACUAUAGGAUGUAUAGGUUCAUUGGAUGGGGUUGUCCUGUCAUGAUGACAUUAAUUUGGGCGACCAUUACAGCAUUCUAUUAUCAUCCAAAAUCAAAAUUUUCCAGAUGUUGGUCUGGAUAUAAUUUGUCUUCCUAUUUUUGGAUCCUAGAGGGACCCAGAUUUGCAGUAAUAUUGCUCAAUUUUUUGUUCUUGUUGAACAUUGUCAGAGUGCUCGUAGUGAAACUUCGACAAAGUCAUACUAGUGAAAUCGAGCAAGUCCUAAAAGCAGUGAGAGCAGCUGUAGUGCUUUUACCACUAUUGGGUAUUACUAACGUGCUCUUUAUGAUCGAGGCACCUUUGCAUAACGUGAGAAAGUUUGCGUUAUGGUCAUAUUCCACACAUUUUCUUCAAUCUUUUCAAGGACUCUUCAUUGCAACUCUUUACUGUUUUCUAAAUGGCGAGGUGAGACUUGCUUUGGACAAGACUAUUUCCGUAUAUCUUUCUUUAAGAGGAACUGAUUUGCAAGCGAGAAGACAGUCAACAUUCAGUGGUUGCCAACCCCAAAGAAUUGCGUCUGUGAUCGAGAUGGAGGAAGAAGAGAUGAGAUCCAGCGGAUGGAUAAGAUUAUGCUGUCGAGGUGGAAAUACUCCACCGCCGGACCGACCUGCCGACUGUUUGACGGAGCCUUUUUGGACUCCUCAAUCUUGGCCAGAAGUUUCCAAAUUCCUCUCAGAUCAUGAAGAUGGACUAUGAAUUUUUUUUUAGAUAAUGAAGAUAUUUAAUCAGCUUGAAGUUUAAAAAUUCAAAAAUUGAAUUUCAAUUGAUGAUUUAAUUAAUAAUGGAUGAUA